CGCUCGUUCACACUCCGCGAGGCCGUUAGCGGCCGCUCGCUCGACCGACCGACCGACCGACCGAUCGACCGAGAUCCCUCUCCUCGCUUCGAACCCAGAUCUACCGCUGACUUAUCCGUGCUGAUAUGUCUGGAUACCCUGGGGCGGGCUACAACGCUGGUGGAUACGCCCAGCCGCCGCCGCCGCCACCGCCGCCGCCGCAGCAGCAGCAGCAGUACCCCGGUUACUAUCCACCCCAAAACUACGGUUAUCAGCAGCCCCAUCCGCCCCCGGGACCCGGAUAUGGCGGCUACCCACAGCCGGGCCCGGCCUACGGUGGCUACCCCCAGCCGCCGCCCCAGCCAUAUCAGCAACCCGCGCCGCCGGCUCCCAAUAACUACGGGAGACCUCCCAUGCCCACGGUGACCUCGAAUUCAUACGUCCACGGCAACCCCAAUGCUCCGCCGCCGCCGCCACCGACGACCCAGCACUAUGGGAACCAGCAGCAAUAUGCUUUCCAAUACUCCCAGUGUACGGGGCGCCGGAAAGCCCUGCUGAUUGGCAUCAACUACUUUAACCAACGCGGUCAGCUCAGGGGGUGCAUCAACGAUGUGAGGAACAUGUCGGCCUACCUCGUCGAGAACUGCGGCUACAAGCGCGAGGACAUGGUCAUCCUCACCGAUGACCAGCAGAACCCCAUGAGCCAGCCGACGAAGCAGAACAUUCUCCGAGCCAUGCACUGGCUGGUCAAGGACGCUCGGCCAAACGAUUCCCUCUUCUUCCACUACUCUGGCCACGGCGGGCAGACAAAAGAUCUUGACGGCGACGAGGAGGACGGGUACGACGAGGUCAUUUACCCCGUCGACUUCCGGCAGAUGGGACACAUCACCGACGACGAGAUGCACCGCAUCAUGGUGCGCCCCUUGCAGGCAGGCGUUCGACUCACGGCCAUCUUUGACUCGUGCCACUCUGGCACGGCACUCGACCUGCCAUACGUCUACUCGACCCAGGGUAUCCUCAAGGCGCCCAACAUGGCCAAGGAGGCCGGUCAGGGCCUGCUGGGCGCGGUGUCGGCCUAUAGCCGUGGCGAUCUCGGGGGCGUGGCCAGCAACAUUGUGGGCUUCUUCAAGAAGGCCAGCAACAGCGAGGACGCCUACAACAGGACAAUGGCAUACAAGACGUCGCCGGCGGAUGUGAUCAUGUUUUCCGGGAGCAAGGAUGACCAAACCUCGGCCGACGCCACCAUCGCUUCCCAGGCAACUGGCGCCAUGUCCUGGGCCUUUAUUACCGCGCUCAAGAAAAACCCGCAACAGAGCUACGUCCAGCUCCUCAACAGUAUCCGCGACGAACUGCAGACCCGCUACACCCAGAAACCUCAGCUUUCGUGCAGUCAUCCACUCGGGCGCCUUUCAUGGACGAGUAGACACCAAUGUGCUGUUUGUGAUGUGAUUGCUUGGUGGAAUUGCUUGAUUGAUGGGCGGAUAGUGCAGAUAGUGUUGGUAUCCACCAAUUACCGGUUUACCUGUAACUAUUGUUGUUGCCCCGGCUUCUUUCAACCUUGGACUUGCUUCGGUUUUAUUGGCCUGGUCCGGGAGUCGCGGAAAAGGGACCACGGUUUAUUCUCGAGCAGGAGGAGGACGGGCUUUGGAUUGGACAGGGUUUGAGCAUAUCAAGGAGGGCUGCGGUACGAAUGAUA